AUAUCAAGCUGUGUAAGCUUCCACUUUCUCUUCUUAAUUUGUACCCAUCUCUGCUGAUAAUUUUCUUAAUUGUUGCUUCAACUAAGCCUCUUUCCAGAUCCUGGAUACCGUAAUUGAUCGGAUCCGCUCUGUUCCUUUUGUACUCGUGGGCACACAAAUAGAGAAACGUCUUCUGUCUCCCAUAGAGUAUAGCAAGGAGCAUGGAACAAACUAUCAUCCGAUGUCCUUGCAACAAGCCGAGUCUUUCGCCAAACGAAUCGGUGCCAGCAAAUACCUUGAAUGCUCCGAAGUUACCGGAGAGGGGCUUGAUGAGGUGUUUGAAGAAGCAUUUGACGUUGGAUACGAUUAUGCACUAAACCAGAACCGAAACGGCUACCAGAGUCGGAAGUCCAGUGUUGGGAAUGAGAAAGUCAGAAAGUCAAGCGUCUGCAUCACACAGUGA